CCGAGGCAGGAGGAACAAAUCCGACAAGUUCGCGAGAACGAGUCUGUAAAGCUGGGUAUAAUUCGGCUACAGUCACCGCAAGGAGAAGUUUUUUGCCAUCUUUGCCUCCUGCAUUCACUUGACUUGCUACAAUCACGAGGAUGAAAGCUCGAAAGACACAUUUGAAGUCUCGCACAGGCUGCGCAACUUGUCGCGGGAGAAGAAUCAAAUGUGACGAAGCAAAACCGCAAUGCAUGAACUGCAUACGGCGACAGGUAAGAUGCGAUUUUCUUGGGCAAGCUUUGUCUUCCCAAUCAUUCUCGGGAGAAUCUUCGACGCAAGUGGCUCGCAUCCUCCGCGCCAACUCAGACAGUGCACACGGCGACGCCGACGACCCCUUUGAAGAGCCGCAAUCUCUUCGAUUAUUGUUCCCGAUCGAUGAAUCCCCGGAUCUGUCAAAACAGGAACGCUUUUUAAUGGCGCAUCUUUGCAAAAUCAGCGAUGAUCUUGUCGCGGUCAGCAUGGACGCUCUUGACUUCGGCCUUUCUCUGCUCCCAGAGACCCACCGCAUAUCGGUAGGCUGCUCGUUUGUACGACAUAGCGUUUGCGGUCUGGCGAGUACGCAUCUGGCACUAUUGACACAAUCAAGCUCCAUGGUAUACUUGGCGUAUUACUACAGAGAUUUGGCCCUUCGGGGACUCCGGGAAUCAUUAACGGUACUCAACCGGAAUAAUGUGGAUGCCAUGCUAGCCGCCUCAUGUCUGCUAAGCUGGCAGGCCCCUGAAAGCCAGGAAUUCAUGCAAACCAUGAAGGGCGUUGACUUGGCCCUAAACGAAAUGGAAAAGUUCGGCCACCAGUCACAGCUGAGGAGUCUCAUUCAACAAGCAGAAAGCCGCGAGACGGUUCUGCCUGAGAAUGCGCUACACUCGGUAGAUGCCUCGGUGGAACUGGCAUGUUCGACAUUGAAGGAACUCCAGAAACAAGUCGGCGACGAUGCCGAGCUUGUCCGUGGAAUAAAGGAGCUGAUCAACUUCUUGCAAAAUUUACGAAUAUCUCCUCCAGGACCUACACCAGACGAACAACUCCAGGCAUUGCAUCCGAUUCGCCACUGGUUAUCAUGGCUGCCGAAAGCCUUGUUGCGUCUUUCCGAUCGCGAUCCGCUUCUGAUGGUCUUUCUCGCACAUUACAAUAUGGUUGUUCUGGCAGUCGAAUCGAUUCUACCAGCCACGCGCAACCCAUUCGCAAUAUCCAAACGAGUCGAGUUCAUCGAGCGACUUGACAAACUGAUUAGCGAAGUUCGACAAACAGCAGCAGAAGAAUCACCGAAAUCGCCUUCCACCCGAAGGCGUAGAGAAAGUCUGAGUACAUUGAUGUUUGGACCCAUGGCUUUUGCUAGGCAAUGGAGACAGACGAAUCCGACGAAUCUCCGCCCUUCGGACUGCACUCCAUAGCGGGGAGGUCCCCGUUUCGCGGAGAAGGCCACAGUGCCGCAGUGGUGGGACCCUUGAUUUCGCUCGACCUCACUCUGUGUUGAAAGCACAACUACUUAUUUUCAUGGUCUACUGUAUUCCUCUCUCUGUUUGACCUUUUUUUCUGUUUGCUUUCUUGAACGAUAUACAAUGGUUUGGUUUCUUUGGUUUUCAAACAGUCGCAGGCUUUAGAGCUUCCUGUUCUCGCUUAACUAAUUGUCACCCGCACAAAGCUCACCAAAAAUCUUGUACCGAUGUACAGCUACUCGA